AUGGGCGCGGCGCCCGGGCGCGUGCCGGAGGCCCAGCUGGCGCAGGCGCCGCCGCCCAGGAGCUUCGUGGCCGCCACGGACCUGCGGCUGCGCUUCCGCGGGCGCCGCGUGAUCCAGGACGCCGCGGUGCGCUUCGACUGGCCCUGCACCAGCUUCAAGCUGAAAACCUCCACCAGCCGGGUUUGGCUUCGGAUGGACGGGGCGCGGAACUACUUCAACGUCUUGGUGAAUGCGAGCCUGCUCUGCGUGCUGAAGACGACCUACCCCCAGGUGCGGGACUACCCGCUGAAGCUGCCGGGCCCGGAUUCGGAGAUGCGCGUGAUCGAGGUGCAGAAGCGCACGGAGUCGCGGAUCGGGGGCACAAUGCAGAAGCCCACGGGACCGGUGGUGCUGCACGGGGUGGUGCUGGAGGAUGGGACCUUGGAAGAGCUGGAGGAGGACACGCAGGAGCGGCGCUUGGAGUUUUUGGGCGACUCGGAGACCUCAGGCUUCGGGAACCUGGGGCCCAGCCAGCCGGGGGCGCCGGGCCUGCGGUCCCUUCUGACGGUGAACAUCGCACACCAAGACGGCAACCAGGCGUGGCCCGCGCUGGCGGCCAAGGCACUGGACGCCGACUUCCACAACAUCGCCUGGAGCGGGGCGGGUGUGGUGUGGAAUGGAAUGGGCUGUUCUGCGGAUGCGCCUUUCCAUGACUUAUACGCCCGAGCGCUGGGUACCAGCGAGGCCGAAGUGGUGGAUGAGUGGCAGCCCGAUGCCGUGGUCAUCUACCUGGGGGGCAAUGAUUGGUGGAGCCUGGCGGACAAGGGCCAUGACGCGCUCACGGAGGGCUUCCAUCGAUUCUUGGAACGGGUGCGGGAACGACGAGCUGAGGCGGCGAUUUGCGUCUUGUUGGCCUCGCCCGACUCGAUUUGUGCUUGCAUCGGCAGCCAAGAGGACCAGGCAGCCUUCGCGGCAGACAUGUCUCAAUGCUGGAGAAGUGCUGCCGAAAAACUGGGGGAUUCUCGGGUGUUCCUGGACGUGGUAGCGCCGAAUCCUCCCUGCUCCUUGUCUGAGCCGGCAGAUUGGGGGCAGAUGGGGCACUGGUCUGUCCAGGGCAACAAGAAGUGGGCGGCAGCUGUAGUUCCAAUCCUGGAAGCGCGCUUGGGGUGGAAGGCAAUUUGA